AUGGACAGAAAAAUAAUAUGGAAAAGGAAUUUUUUUUUCGUAUAUUUUAACAAAAGACUCUAUAUAAAUAAAGCUGAUGAAAUAGCUAAAACGAAAAGUCCUAGAAACAAAAGUAAUAAGUUUAAAAACAUUUACAUUGAUUUUUCUUUAAAUAAAUAUAUUAAUAUUAAUAGCUUAAAUGUGGAUAAGUUCAUUAAAACUCCAAUACAUUAUCAAAGGUUUAAAGAAUUAGUUGACACGAUAAAAUGUGUGAGCAAUGUGAGGUUACAGAAUAUACAUUUAGUGAGGAAAAUUAUAAAUUCUUUAGAGGUGUAUAUAAUAAACUAUUUAAAUAAUUUAAACCUUUUCAACGAUUUAAAUAAUUACAGUGAAUCUACUUAUAAUGUUGAUGAUGUUUUCAAUGAUGAAAAUGAUGAUGAAAAUGCGAUUACCCCCAACAGUGUGUCAACUAUACUAGUAAGUUUGUAUAAGCUGAAAUAUAGAAAUGAGAAGUUCCUAAAAUUGUUAGAAAAAUAUAUUUAUGUUAAUAAGGAGAAAUUUAAAAUCUCGCAAGUGCAUCUAAUAUUGUAUAUAUAUUCUUAUUUUAAUAGGGUAAAUAGAAGUUUUAUUAAUUCUUUGCUUGUAAUUAUUUUAAAUAAUAAAAAUGUAUUAAAUACAGAUAACAUACUAAAUAUUUUCACCUCGUUAUUUUAUUUAAAUUGCAAAAAUGAAAAAACGUUAGAUCUUUUAACGGCGUACAUUAUCACCAAUAACUUUAUCUUUGAUAUAAAUGUUAUCAUUUUUCUUUUGAACAAUUUAAAAAAGUUAAAUUAUUCUAAAACAUGUCUAAUAGAAUAUUUUCAUGACCAAAUUAUUAUGAAAAUACAUCAUCUGAGUGUUGAAAAAAAUAAGAAUUAUAUGGAUUCCUUCUUUUUAAAGAAAAGCAUUCAAAAUAUUAUUGAUGAAGAGAGUAGUCAUAUGGAAAUUCAUCAACCUAGUGGUGCGACUGGUAGGAACUUGCAUAAUAUCUCACCAUGUAUAUGUGAUGAUAACAUGCAAGUGCAUAGAAGACGUGAUAAAGAAUGUAAAUACAAUAUAUAUGAUAAUUAUGUAGACAUUUAUGGAUCACUACACAACAAAUUCAUUGCGGAAAAUAAUUAUGUAGAUUAUAUAUAUGAGUAUUAUAACAAGAAAUACAUGGAGGACAAAAAUAAAAGCAAAGUAAUUAUACUAAUGGAAGCUUUAAUAUACUACAAAUAUUUUAAAGAAGAUUUAUUAAAAGUUUUAUACGAUUAUCUUUUGAGUAAUUUAAAAAGAUUUGACAAAGAUGACAUUUAUCAGAUACUAUCCAACAUAUAUUCCUUUCAACCAAAAAAUUAUGUAUCUAUUAAUAUGUUGAAUAAAAAACUGUUGAUGAGUAUGUGUUAUUAUUAUGUCCCUCUUUACAAUAAGUUUAAUAUAAUUAUAUUUUUGUUUUUAAAAUUAUUACUUGAAAAAUAUAAUUAUUUCAAUAUUUUUGUCGAUGAAAUACUGUUACAUAAAAUAAAUACGGACAUUCUUAAUUUGACGGAAAACGAGUUUUUAGUCUUAUUGAACGAGUACAAAAGUGCUAAUAUUGUCAAGUACUUAUGUGAUAUUUCUUUAAUAUAUUUUAAUUUUUUUAAGAAAAAAAAUAGUGAAUACUUACAUACAAGAGGGGAAGAGUUCUAUAAGUUAGGAAGAACAAAUGUUGAAAUACAUGAUCAUGGUACAAAAGACGAAGAAAAAAAUUCAUCAAAAAAUUCGUUUUCCAUUUUAAGGGAGACAAAACCAUAUGCGGUGGGAAAUAAAAGCGUAAUAUUCGAGUAUAACGAAAAGAACAAGUUAAUAUCUUAUGACAGUCAGUUUUUAUUACAGCUUUUUUACUUCUAUGUCGAGACUACGUAUUAUGAAGGGGUAUUUUUGUUUUUAAAGAGUUUGUUUAUUGGUGUUAGUAAUUUAAGAAAUUUCGAUCCAUUUUUAAGUUACAGAAUUAAUAAUUCUGUUUUUUAUGGAGAAAACGAGAAUUACGAUAAGAAUGUAAAAAUUGGAAAAGUUUUUAAAAAAUUAAAUGCACUACAACUCUUGCAGGUUUAUGAAUAUUUCAAGAGCUGCUUUGACACAUAUGAAGAUUUUCUUACCAAGCAGAGUAAUUUAAUGAACAGCUGUCACGAAAAAUGCUUGUAUAAGUUUUACUUAAAUAAUGGCAUUUUAAAAGAUAGCAGCGGUUCGGAUGAUAAGGCUAAUUCCAGAGAUAAAGUUGGUUCAUUUGAGAGAAUCCAUUCUAAUAAUAGAGACGAAUCUAUUGGUAGAAACGAUUCUAUUGGUAGAGACGAUUCUAUUGGUAGAGACAAUAUUACUGAUAGAGACUAUUCUACAGGUAGAGAUGAUUUUACUGGCAUAGACUAUUCUAAUGUAAUAUUUCCUGUAGAUAGAGGAAAGGGGGAAAAUGUUUCAAUUAUAGAUGAACAUAUUUAUGUCGGUGAAAGGGUUAGCAAAUAUAUAUUCACAGCAAGUAAAAUAAAUUACGUUAGUUGCAAAAGCAUUAGAAGUGCUGUGAGAAGUAAAGAAGGGAAUAAAAUCAAGAAUUAUGUUAAUUCCAAUGAAGCUAGUGGGAACUAUGAUAUAACUGGAAGCAUGAGAAAGAGUAACCAUUUUUUAAGUAAACAUUUAGAACAGAAUAAUGCUCCUAAUUGUAAUAGUAUAAAUAGUUUACAUAAUAAUAUGAACAUAUCAGCAGCUAUUGGAAGAAAUACUUUUGAGAUAGACAGCUACAUUUAUAACGUUUUGAACAAUAUAUUUAUGUACACCCCUGUAGAUUUAUUUGCAUUACAUAUUCAUUACUUUAAUUCUAAUAAUUUAUUUUUUUUAUUAAAAAAUAUUAUUUUUAAAUUGAAAUACAUAAAUGUCAAUUAUUUAUCAUUAGUUAUUUCUAAAGUUUUUAUCUUAACAAGCAGAGAAAGCUGCAAUGAAACAAAAAAAAAAUAUCUUCAUUUCUUAGACUUCUUUCACAAUUACUUACUAGGUGAAGAAGCUAAUAGCGAGAAAUUUUGCUAUCCAUUAAAAUGUAUAGAGGGUGUAAAAAACGGUUAUAAUUUUGACAGCAAUGAGAAAAGAUUAAUUAUAAGUACCGUCUGCAAGAGUUGCAUAUAUUAUAAGAAUUACAAUUCAAACGAAAAUGAGAAUGAAAAAGUAAAAAAACGAGUUGCUUAUAUAUUAUAUAAAAACAAGGCCUAUUCACACUAUAUAAACAAUGACCUGGUAUUUGACGCAAAUUUUUUAAACUCAUUUUUUCAGUUUAUUUUAAAAAAAAAAGUUCUUUAUCGAUGUGCGUACUACGAUAUGACGAAUGAAAGUUUAUUUCUUAUAUUAAAAUCGUUGCAAAUAAGGAAGAAAAACAACAAAUAUAUGAAGAGUGUAGAAACAAUAACAAAUAUAUUUAUAUUUAGAUACAUUCAAUAUAAUGAGCAGCAAAAUAAGGCUCACCUAACAAGAAAAACGAAUUAUGAUAAAGAAAGCAACAUUAAUCUGGACGAUUCAUACUUAACUGAUACCAUUAAGACAACUUUGAACUUAAGUUUAUCUUUAAAUGGUUCAGGUGGCAGUGAUACCUAUGAGGAUGCUAUUAUAGAUGGUAAAAAUUUACGUAAUGGGGAGAAAGGAAUAGACGAAAAUUCAUCUUGGACAAAAGUUACAUAUCACGAGAGAGAACAGAACAAUGAUACCUCAUCGAAUGAAGAUGCCUUAUUGUACAAUGCUCCUAUGUCAUAUAACAGUACAUUCGUAUGUACAAGUUCUUAUGACAAUAGGAGUUAUUCUAGUGCAAGAAACGAAUCAUGUAGACCUCAAAAUAAAGAUGCAAUGAAAACGUUCAUUCAUAUAUAUUACACAGUUGUAAAAGUACGAUAUUUUCAUGAAAUGCCAGUAAAUAAACAUAUAUUUCGUGAAUUAUGCAUAAAUAGAGACUAUGUUAAUAACAGAAUGUUAUUAAGCCUACUCUUUUUUAUAUACAAGUACAAAUUUGAAGAAAUAAUAUAUAUAUUAAUGUUACAGAAAAAAUGCUUUUUGUAUAAAGAUUUAUAUUAUGCUCACUCCAAUUGUAGAAUAAUGGAGUUCCUUUGCAAAAAUUUAAAAAUUAAUUUAGAUGAACACUGUAGAACUACAUCAGCUAAGCAGACUUCCUACGACUACGAGACUGUUUGA